UUAUACCACAAUUUAACGAAUUGUCAAAUAACAGAUAUAUGAAUAAAUUUUGAUUCAGGGAGAUCCAGCCGUGAUUGCAAUUGAGAGGGAGACCCAGCCGUGAUUGCAACUGAGAAGCAUGUUUAUAUGGGAGAACCAGAGAACAAUGUGACGACGACGACUACGGUACCCGUAGUGACAACCGAAACGAGAAAAGUAGCUCUCGAGAGUGAAGAUGGUAACUAUAGCGCCACAGGAGAAAUAGUCAGCACACAGACCAUAUCCAGUAAAACCCGUACCGUUGAAACUAUUACGUAUAAAACGGAGAAAGAUGGUGUAGUGGAGACACGAGUGGAACAGAAGAUAACGAUACAAUCGGAUGGUGAUCCGAUUGAUCACGAUCGAGCUUUAGCAGAGGCGAUACAAGAAGCCACUGCUAUGAAUCCGGAUAUGACAGUAGAAAAGAUCGAAAUACAGCAACAGACAGCGCAGUAAUUAUUUGAAAAUUAAUCAUCGUGUAAAAGGGCACUCUUGGUCUAUAAAUAGCACGAACAUUUGUUAUCUUAGAGACUAAGAAAAUAUAUUAGUAUUUAUAAUAUAUAUUUUAUGUUGCACGCUUUGCCGAAUGUAUCAUGAAAAAGACAGAAGAAUGCUACCAAAAAAUUGAUAAAUCUUUAAAUAUUCUAUGAAGUUAAUAUAUAAUAAAGCAAGGAACAAUAUUAAUAAAAAUUAAGCUUUGUACUUUCUUCCGUUAAAAGAGUCAAAGAAAGCUUUUGCUUAUGUCUUGUCCAAUGACUCGAGCUUAAAUUGAAGACAAAAUCGACUUUGAUAGUUGGAAAUAAUGAAAUAUUGAUGAAAUCUUUUUAAUGGAGAGAAUAAUAUCUCGUAUUAUAACUACAGUGUUCAUAUUGAAAUAAUUAAGAAAAUAUAUUUAUAUGCACGAGAGUAUAAAUAAAU